AUGGAAUAUGCUCUGUAUCCAGCCUUCCUGUUGACAAUUUUCCGGACAUUCUUCAAUACGUUCAUAUAUCCCUCAGGCGACGACCCUCUCAAUGCUAUCUUGUUGAUACCAAUCGCUAUAGGCAUGAUUCUUAACCUUCCGAUACGAUACAUAAUUGGCCAUAUUGUCAUGUCCCUGCUGAUAAUCGAGACUGAUGUGGGGCAAGACGAGUUGACUGGAGUGGUGGGCAAAAAGCAGGUUGCUUCUUCUCGAAGACUCUUCGAAACGCUUUACUGGGCCGCUCGCUCUUUCCUGAUGCAAUUGUUAGCACUUCUCGCUCCGCGCCACCGAGCCAUAAUCGCACUUGGUUCUAUUCUCUCGUCUGGUCUACUGGCAGAGCGUCAUUUCUUCUGGACAGCGCGUACCAUUCUCUCUAGAAGCCAGAGCAGCCAUGUCAGCAAAUCCUGCCGGCUAAAUCGAUGGAGAUCUCUGGCUAUCCCAACCUUGAUCUAUACCUGCAGCGAGACGUUGAUGGCUCAUCUGCCUGCUAUCAUGGAAGACUUUGCCGGUAUACUAAAUGCUUGUCAUCCCUUGCUCCUCCUGCCGUCUGAUAUUAUCUUGGUUUCAGUUGGGGUCAGCCUUCUUCCUCCCACCUACGAGACUAUUGUGUCAACGACCAAGAGAAAGCAUGGUAUACGCCUUGGGAGAUCUUUCCGACGGUUGAUGUACCGUGAAGGACAAAACAGGCAUGGUACAGGGAGACUGCCAUGCUAUCUUGAACUCCAUGCGAAGAUGUGUUUGUGUCUACUACUUGUGGAUGCUGGUGUUCAUUGCGCCAUAUAUUGAUUGCACUAGUGGGUAGAGAGAACGCUAUAGCGGACAACAAUCUAAUCUGCAG